CUCUGCACAGACAUCGAAUGGCAAGGGACGACAACAUGAUAGAUGGAGCAGCUUCUAUUUUUUUCUGAUAAGCCAGGACCACGUGUUUGUAUGAGAGGCCGUGUACACUAGUUCCCUGAUUAACAAUGUCGGAAUAUAACAUAACUCAGAAAAGAUGGUUUUGGUGAGCAGAAAUAUUUCGAAUGUCUGGUUGUUGAGGAUACGAAAGCAACAGCUUCACAAGACAAGCCUGUUCUGUGGGGGUACGCUCUGUACUUCUACGUUUACUCCACUUGGUCGGGACGUGUUAUAUUCCUGGAGGAUCUGUUCUUGUCAGAGGAACACAGAGGGCGUGGUAUUGGGUCCAAACUGUUCCAUGAAGUAGCACAGAUUGGUCUAGCGCAGGACUGCCAGCGGAUGAAGUGGGAGGUCUACGCCUGGAACAAACCAUCAAUAGAUUUCUAUAAGAAACGGGGUGGUUAUAACGUCACUGAAUCAACGGAACUGGAUAUAUAUCAAAUGAACAGAGCAGAGUUAGAACAAUUAGUGAAGUUACACUGGCCCUCCAAUUAAACUGGGAUAUGACGUGACAUUUCUUUAUUGUUUUUUUUUUAUUCCUAUGGUCAAUUAAAAAUAUGUGAGGAUUAAAAGUGAACGAUCCUUUGGAAGUAAGCAUAUUCGAAAUUUCUAUAAAAAAGGAC